AUGCUCAUUUUAGUGUGUAUUGAUAGAAAGUUUUUUUUUCUUUGGGAGGGUGCAUGUGAUCAACACAGGGCCAAUCAGCACUGUCCUGACAAAAGGUCAGGGGUUUUGCAUCCUCCUAGAGCAAAAAGAAAACCCCUUCAAGCUUUAACCAGUGCUCUGCUGAACACUUAUAGAAGUCACAAGACUGCUCUAACUGCUGAUGAGAAAAGGUAUUUAGCAGUUUACAUUUACUAUAAUAAUUGCAUUUCCAUGUUCUGUGUACUUUGGGAGACCAGAUAUAGUAAAUGCAGGGUCUUG